AUGCACAGGAUCCAGGGGGCUGGCCCUUGAUCGACUUGCAUGCGCGUGUCUGUGUGUGAACGUAAGUGUGUGCGUGUGUAUGUAUGUGUGUGAGCGCGUGUGUGCAGCGCUGUGUGGAGAGCACAUCGAGAUACAGUAAUACUCAGAGUGAGGUGGCAGUCUUAUUCCACAUCGACACUGACUUGCCCUGCGUACAUCCUAUCUGUCUGUACAUCGCAGAGCGCACUUGAGGAGUGAAAAAGGAGAGAGUCAAGAUGGCAUCUGGAAGUGGCCGUGGACAAUCCGGGAUUUAGUCUCUUCUGGGGUUUUUUUUGUACCACGGAGCGCAAGUGACAGGCCGUACAAGUUGCUCUUGGCCCUGUUGGGACUUCGCUGGUGUGGAAUAGCAACAAAGGACGGGAGCGCGCAUUCAUGGGACGCGACUUUGACAGCUCUUCAUUUCUUGUCUUGUAACUUUAUUACCUGGCAGCGGGGGCGAGAUUGUGACUGGAGCAGGAGAUAAUGGCUGAGGCUCCGUUCCCCGACCCACUCCCGGACUUGGACGUGGUCAUCGACCCGGACUUUGAGCCACAGAAGCGGCCCAGAUCUUGCACCUGGCCGCUGCCACGACCGGACUCGAACGCGGUGAAACCGGAGAGCAAUGACACAGAUAUCAUACCCGAGGAAGAGGAUGAGGAGGAGGAUAAUGCCACCAGUGUCCAUGGCUCUGGUUUGGCAACAGAGGACCAGAGCAGCAACAGCCCCAUAGCCGAUGGAGCGCUCUCCUCCCCCGGCCAGGAGAGCGGAGGCUCCCCGCUCUCCACGCACUCCCCGACGGCCACCUCUGGCGCGCUGACCCCCAGCAGCUUGGCUGCCCAGCAGACGCCGAGGAAAGCAUCGUCUCGUCGUAACGCAUGGGGGAAUCUCUCCUACGCCGACCUGAUAACCAAAGCCAUUGAGAGCGCGCCGGACAAGAGACUGACACUGUCCCAAAUUUAUGACUGGAUGGUGAGAUCCAUCCCCUACUUCAAAGACAAAGGCGACAGCAACAGCUCUGCAGGAUGGAAGAACUCCAUCCGGCACAAUCUUUCCCUCCACAGCCGUUUUAUCCGCGUCCAGAACGAGGGAACAGGGAAGAGUUCUUGGUGGAUGAUCAACCCAGAGGGAGGGAAGGGUGGAAAGGCUCCUCGCCGCCGUGCAGUCUCCAUGGACAACAGCAACAAGUACACCAAAUCCGCACGUGGCCGUGCUGCUAAGAAGAAGGCUGCCCUGCAGGCUGCAGCAGCUGCAGCUGGUGAUGGCGGUGGAGACAGUCCUUCAGGUCUCUCUAAGUGGCCUGGAAGCCCUACGUCACGCAGCAGCGAGGAGCUGGAUGCCUGGACAGACUUCCGCUCCCGCACUAAUUCCAACGCCAGCACAGUGAGCGGUCGCCUCUCACCCAUUCUGGCCAACCCUGAGCUAGACGAGGUGCCUGAUGAAGAGCCUCCUCUCUCGCCUAUGCUCUACUCCAGCCCUGGCAGAGCGCUGUCUCCCGGCAACCCCACGCCCAAUGGGAAGUCUGCGCCGACUGAGCUGCCCCGCCUGGCAGACCUGGCAGGUACAAUGAACCUGAAUGACGGACUCACAGAUGACCUGAUGGAUGAGUUGCUGGAUAACAUCAACCUGGUGCCAACCGUUACAGUACAGGCCGCUCCAAAUGGUUCCUCAGGGUUCAAUUUUGGGUCCAAACCCAACGGGCAAGGCUCACCUUCCUCCACCUCCUCUCCCUCCUCCAACUCUUCUUCUAACGGUGGAGUUAAUGGCUUCAGUAACUCCAUCUUUGGGCCCCACACGACGGGGUCCUCUCUGCGUCCGUCCCCCAUGCAGACAAUCCAGGAGAACAAGCAGACCUCCUUCUCCAGCAUCAGCCUGUCUCGCUUUGGCAGUCAGACACUACAAGACCUGCUCAACUCUGACAGCCACAGCCACAGUGAUGUCAUGAUGACCCAGUCUGACCCACUGAUGUCACAGGCCAGUGCCGCCGCCGUCAUUUCCCAGAACUCUCGCCGUGGCCUCAUGCUUCGUAACGAUCCCGUUAUGACCUUUGGGACCACUGGAGGACUUCAGGGCAGCCAAGGGGAGAUGUUGCAAAGUAACAACCACAAUCAGACCUCCCUGAGGUCUUUAAACGGAGGCCUGAACCUAGCCAACGAGGCUAAUGCUCUGGCUAAUGCCAAGCAGCAGCUCCUGCUCUCACCGUUGGGAGGAAAUGGUUCCUCUUCCAUGCAGAUCGACACCUCGAUCUUCUUAAAUGGAACAGUUAGCAGUGGAGGGAUCUGCCAGGACCGUUUCCCCACAGAUCUGGACCUGGACAUGUUCAACAGCAGCCUGGAGUGUGAUAUGGACUCCAUCAUCAGGAAUGAGCUGAUGGACGCAGAUGGCCUAGACUUUAACUUUGACUCUCUGGCCAACAUGAAUGGAGUCGGCAACUUUACGAACACCAAGCAGACCUCUCAAAGCUGGGUGCCUGGCUGAGAAGGUCAGGCCGUGAAGGAGCAGAGCAGGUCUGAACUGUGUAGUGCAAGAGAAGAUCAGACACACAACAUCCUUUUUGCCAAACCUGCCAUCAGCACAAAUACAAACCCUGUGUUUACAGAAGACUUCCUCUCGAGAGCUUUACCUUCGCUCCCACACUGGUGAACCAUGAACGAUCCAACAGACUCUAGAGAUGCUGCACAUCAGCCCUUAAAGCCUCCUGUGAAACGACAACAACAACAGCAAAAAGAAAGCUAUGUCAAACUCACAAAUCUUAGAAUUAUGCAAUUUUCCUUUGACACCCAGUUGGUUGUUAUCAAAGAAACACUGCUUGAUGGGGUUUCAGGUGGAAUUCAAGGACUAAAUAUCAAGCAAAGAUUGAAGUAGUACACGGUGCAGUUGUUCCCGUUGACGACAAAAAAAGACUAAAGUGUAAAGUGAAAAAAUCAAGAAGUAAUGUGGUGUAAAUCUGAUUCAGUGGUUUCCUGGGAUGUGUUAUGUUGAAAAAAAAUUCCCUCUGUUCUCACUUUGUGAUUUUAAAUGUUCAGUGUUUGCUUUUUGGAUUUUCUGUUUUAUCAUAAUUGUUUCUGCAUCAUACAUGUCUGUACAAAAAGAUUGGUGUAUUGAUGAAAUGAAAAGAUGGAAAUGGCGUAUCUUACUCGCUGAGUGGCCACGAAUACAGUACAUGCAAACACACAAACAGACAAAAACCUACACUUUGACAUUACGAUUUCUCACACUGAGGGUGACCAUAUUACAAUUAGCUGAAUAUUACAAAAAUCUUUGUUAUCUUUUGUGUAUAUCUAACUGUAAAAAAAAGAAAAGAGAAAUUACUAGAGGAAGAAAAUCUCUGUCAUGGAUAUUUGUACAGUGCAGGGCAGUGGAAAGUUCAAGAAGGAGGGGAAAGAUCUUGUCUGUCUUUUCGUAGAUUUCUUAACUUCUGGUGAGUUCUGUUGAGGUUGUUAAAAACUGCAUAUGAUGUAGCCAAAAUGAAUACCUGUGUCCUAGAGUUGUGAACAUUUCCACACCAUAACAGGUGCUAUGUAAACAGUGUUGAAUCCUGCCCUGACAGCAAGCCGUGCAUUUUGUGUGUUCGUUUUGUUUCUGUUUUUACCCACGACCUGCAGAAGCCCAAAGCUGCAGCCACUUGUAGCACGGUGAGGUUGAACCUGUAGACGGCGGGGGGGAGCAGGGUUUUAGGCUCAUUCCUCUAGAAGCCAUUUGUUUCUCGAGUAAAACUAUAAGCUAUCUGUGUAUAUUGCCAAAUUACUUGAAACAAACAGUAGGAUAUGCUGGCAGCCAAAUCACAGCACACACACAUGCACACACAUAUAGUACACCCACAUAGAUAGAAAAAAUAAUACCAGGGAUCUGUGUUAAGCUCUGCUGUUAUCUUGUCAUGAGUUUGUGGGGCUUCUUAUGCAUAUAUAGAAUCACUCAGGGGGGGAAAGGGAGGCUUCCCGUUAAAGUAACAUCAAGUCACAUUCUAAUGGUAUUUUAACAUUUCUUGAUAAAAACAGUAAUGCUUUGUGUUUGUGAACUUGUAACCUGUGAAUGUUUGGCCGUCAAGAUGAAGAAGAGGAAGGAAGAUAAACGUCAGGAUUAAGACUUCAUGUGGUCUAUUAUUUUUGGUUUCGCUGUCAUAGCUUUUUUUCCCCACUUUGUCGGACUCGUGACACACAUACACACAUCCCCUCAUGGACACGCCUGGUGCUCCUGCAGGUGACUUCCUGUAUCUCCUGAGUACAUGUUAAUGUUUGUGUGUGUGUGUAUGUGUUUAUCUGUGGAGUUUAUUUCUGUUGAAUUAAUCUCACAAGGAUGCGUAAUCCCUCACUAUCCCUCAUGGUGCAUACAGCACAGCCGACUGUAUGCAUGUAUGUAUUUAUGCAUUAUGAAUUGUGUGAAAUGCAUAUAUACUCGCUGUAUGUCCUUAUAUACUCAUGUAUAGUCAAGUACUUGACCCUUGGAUUUUGUGAUACCUCUGAAGGUAAAGUUGAAGAAAUAAUGAACAACGUUACACGCUGGGUAGGAGGGAACACUGUUACCAGUGAUUUAAUUAUUGAACCAGAUUUUGAAAAUGGUGGAAAGCACCAUUGUUGUAGCAUCUGGAGAUUCUGGUAUCCCUUCUUUGUCUGGGGUAGUGUAUGAAAGUGUAAGCCCCGCUGUGUAUAAUAGUGUACAGAUGUGUGUGUAUAUCACUUUGAGGCCAAGGCAGAGGAGUGUGUGUGCAUGGUUGGCUGAAAUGACCUACUGUGCUAUCUGAGGUUUAGUGCAUGACCUAGCUGUACCCCCCCCCACCCGAUCCUUCCAAUGGUGCCGUCCUGCGACAGAAAUUGUAAUACAGAGAGGAACCCUGUGUCUUUAGCACUUAAACACACACUUUCUAUUUUUAAAAUCAGGGCUUACAGUGCAGCACUUGCACCAUCCUCCCAUAUUAUGGGUUUCAUUAUUACAAGUGUGUGUACAUCGACUUAGACACAGGGAAAGCCUCUUUAACGGACGUUCCUCAGCUUCACACUUGUUUUAUUCCACGUGGAGUUCAGUAGGUUCAUGUCCCGGUGCUCUCGGUGAGCGUUUGGUAAUAACUUUGACGUGGUUAAAGCGUCAUCUGACAACAAGCUGGAAUUUCCUACACCUUGUCACAUCUAAAAUUUCCAGAGCAUUAUCACAUGUCUUUUGGCAGGGGGAAUCCUGAGCCAUCACCUGAACUGCUAAUCAUUUAAAUGUAUCUACACUGACUGUUCUAAAUAUUAAGAGCGCUUCACUCCGCCUGUGAAGAAGACUGACACGGUGAAUCCAGGGAACCCUGUACUCCUUUCCAUUUAAAGAGAGGUUAUUGAUCCUUUGAGAUUUGAUCCUUGCAAAUCUCAAUCGCAGGAAGGUGUUCCUUACUAAAAUGUUUUGGCUAUUCGGGGAGAUAGUUUACACUUAGUCAUAGUGGAGCAGGCCUUCCACACAACCACUCAGUGCUACUGCUUCAUUCAGGCAAAGAUUAUGUCUUCUUGUGCCCAACACACACACCUGCAGCACAACACAUGCAAAGCUAAGAAAAGCAAAAAAAAAAAAAAAAAUAGAAGAGACAUACCACUAGAUACCUUAAUCACCUCUUGGACGUUUCCUUUUCAUUAUCUUCUCUCAAACCUUUUCCAUCCUUGUUUCGAGGCCCAGGCCAGCUCCCCUCCAUAUGGCCUCUGACCUUUGCCCUUUGAACUUUGCCCUUUAUUAAUCUUGCUUCUUCUCGACUUGAUGUUAGUGGGUAUUUUUCCUGUGUAUUCCAAUUUGAAUUGUAAUCUAGUUUGUAUAAGAAAUGGUGCGCAUGUAAAUAAAGCUUGAUGAGGCUCCACA